AGAUUAGCUAGGUGUAGCGCGACCACGCCAGUCCGGAGCUUGAACGCAGACCGCGCGAACGCACGCACCCAGUAACGUGUUAGGUAUCCGUGUUCCAAACUCAAAUAAGUGAUCAAAAUGGCAGUAAGCAGAUUGUCCAUCAUCAAGUUCUUGGAGCUGGCGCUGACAUGCUCGUGCGUGGCGCUCCACUACCACAGCUACAACCCCGAGGCUGACAUCGGCAUGCUGGUUACCGGGACCUUCAUCGGCUUCCUCAUCAUCUUCGCCGGCGCUGCUGCUGGUUACGUCAUGCAGACUCCCUCCCACAAGCGUGUGGACAUCUUCUACUCGCUCGCCGGUGUCGGCCUCUUCGUUGCCAGCGGUGCCAUCAUCAUUGACAGAUUCCAGGGUCAGUCCAACGAAUUCGCCAAGAAGAACUUGGCGAAGGCUUCCCUGGCCAUCAUUAACGGAGCCGUACUUCUGCUAGAUGCCGUCCUCACCCAGCGUGGUGGCUAAGCACCCUCUAUCGUCAGCGCCGCACAACAGAAACUCAACACAGACACCUAGCUGCUAGGUAUUAUCAACACAAACCACUAGAUGGCGCUGUUCUGAAACCUGCAUUAUUAUAAUGUUAUUAUUAUAAGGCUAUGAAAGCAGUUAUUUAUUUCGCGCCUUCUAUUCGCUAAACUUUUAUAAAGUUUACAGAAUACUUUCUAAGGUGAAUAGAAAGUAGUUUAUAUACUUUUUCAAGCACUGUUAUAGUAAGUACCUUAAAUGUUGUUGUUGUAAUUCCCUUUUAUCCGUCUGAAAAUUGUUAUCUAUAUAGAUAUUCAAUUAUAUGCUUUAUUUAUCUAAGUGUCCAGGCUUUGCUAUAAAUAAGACUGCAAUUUACUAAGAUUGCAUAAUUAUAUUAUAGCUUUACUAGUCGAUAAUUUACGAUACAUCCCUAAACAGUGAAAAGAUACCUACUCAUUUCAAUUCAUUUGUAAAAAGAAAAAUAUUUUCAUAGAUGGCAGCGCCUACAUUUACAUAAAUAUAAAUAAAUCCGACCAAAUAUAAAAAUAUUAAACAAAAACGAAUUAAGUAAAUGAGUCUUCUAAAAAUAAGAUUUUUCUAUUAUUUUUUUAUAUCGAAACCUGAUUCACAAACUUAGCAAGAUAAGAAUUAAAUGUUAUAAUAAUUUAGUGUCUACGCUAGACUAUAUAAUUACAUAGAUUGUAGUUAACUUAUUUUCCAAAUAUUAAAACUUUUCUGAUAUUAAUAUUGUGCAACAUGAUUAUAAAUUAUAUCGAAUAUUAUAAAUAUUUUUUUUAGAGUUGUUACUAAUUAAAUGAUACAGUUUCUUUUACUCACGUUUUCGGUAAAAUUAUAUAUGUUUAUGUAUAGUUACACUAGUUAUUAUAAAUAAGUCCCGGGUAACUUAAUGCUUUACGUUGAAUUAUACAUUCUGUUUGAGUACGUCGUCUCGUAAUCAAAUGGAAGAUGUAAGUACAUUUUUUAUAAAUUGUCACGUAAUAAUUAGA